UUUAAGGAAAACAUAGAUAAAAAAGGAUGAUGAAAGAACAUUUCGGUUCCCGGCGAAACACAGAUUGACCUACUCAAAGUAGUAAUUAUUUUACUUUAACAACAAAAAUGGUAGCAAUUAUUUCGGUCUAAAUUUUUAACUGACUCACCUCAAGUUUAGAACUUUUAUGGUUCCUCGAUACAUGAUAUGGGGAGUGUUUUGGGAUUACUAGGCGGCUGUUCAGUUGCUAGUUGUUUACCAUCUAUUGGUGGUUGUUGUGCAACUCAGGCAGCUUGUUGCUGUGGAUCAGCUGCAUGCAGUCUUUGUUGCAAGGCUUGUCCAUCAUGCAAGAAUUCAACUGCAGCUCGCAUUGGCUAUACUUUUAUGCUGUUACUGGCCUUUAUAUUGUCAUGUGUUAUGUUGUCACCAGGGCUACGUGACAAGUUAGAAAAAAUUCCUCAAUUCUGUGAUCGUGUUGGUGAAGAAAACUGUGACAAAGUAGUUGGAUACUUGGCAGUAUAUCGUGUUUGCUUUGCAGCUGCUGCAUUCUUUUUCUUCAUGGCCAUUGUCAUGUUUAAAGUCAAGAGCAGCCAAGAUCCUAGGGCCAAAUUUCAAAACGGAUUUUGGGCAAUCAAAUUUUUAAUGUUCAUUGGCUUGUUGGUUGGAGCAUUUUUUAUCCCAAAAGGGGAUUUUUCUGAAACAUGGAUGUAUGUUGGUAUGACAGGAGGUUUCUUGUUUAUUUUAAUUCAACUUGUGUUGCUGAUUGAUUUUGCUUACAAGUGGUCAGAACGAUGGAUUGGUAAUUACGAAGAAACAGAUAACAAAAAAUGGUUUAUUGGACUUGCGGUCAGCACGGGUGUAUUAUACGCCAUUGCUUUGACGAUUGUUAUAUGUUGUUACUUGUUCUAUACACAGAAAUCUGGAUGCAGCUUAAAUAAGUUCUUCAUCAGUUUCAAUUUAAUCCUCUGCGUCAUCGUUUCCCUCAUGACCAUACAUCCGCGUAUCCAAGACUCUCAGCCCACAUCUGGCUUGCUGCAAGCUGCAGUCAUCUCAGCAUACGCAAUGUAUUUGACGUGGUCAGCCAUGAGCAAUGAGCCUGAUGAAACCUGCAACCCAAGUGGUAGUUUUUUAAAGAGCACGAGCCUAGCACCAGGAUUCGACAUGCAAACUGGAUUCUCUGCUGCUUUGUUGUUUGUAACAGUGGUGUAUUCUUGUAUUAAGACGAGUAGUGGCUCAUCACUUUCCAUUCAAGCUGACAGCAUGGAAAACGUUCUCAUAAAUGAUGAUCAGGACGAGGAUGUGGAGAUCAAAGGUCAAAAGGUUUACGACAAUGAAAGUACUCAAGUAGCGUAUAGCUACUCAUUUUUUCAUUUCACUUUCUUCCUGGCGUCACUCUACAUCAUGAUGAUGUUAACGAACUGGUACAGCCCCGAAGGAUCGAACGUGGAAACAUUAACAAGCAACAUGGCUACCGUGUGGGUAAAAAUGGCAUCCAGUUGGGCGUGCUUUCUUAUUUUCACUUGGACGUUAAUCGCACCCAUGAUGUUUCCUGAUCGAGAAUUCUUUUCUUAAAUAUUAAUCGAUGUGACUUGUAUAUAACUUGUGAAAAUGGGCUUUGUUUAUGUUUGAUUUGUUUAUUUUGUCUUUCUUGUUUUAUCUCGUGUUUUUAUUCGUGUACUAUAAAAUUCUUUGUUUUCGCGUUACCCAUCUUUGCGUUGCAUUAUUUUGCUCGCUUAUCUUGAAAUAUUUCACUAGAUGUAAGGAAGGAAGAACCCUUUAUUUCAUUGUGGCAGCUGUAUUAUGCGUUGCUUUUUAGAGUAAAAUGAAUAAAGAUAGAAAAAAAACUUUAAAUUAGCUGAGAGAAGAGAAACGUGACGAGAGUGUGCUUCUUUGAAUUUUUUUAUCCCGUGUAAUUUCACAGCAUAAUGUAUUUAUAACAUAUUAUUUGACUUUUUUAUUUAAGUAUUCGUUGUUGUAAAUGCAAUUCUUGUAUUUCUCUUAACCUCUAACAUUCAUGGCUGUUAUUUAAAAUGUUAGGAUUCUAGAUGUAAUAGACGUCUAAGUAAAACA